GUCUUCUGGGACCUAUCAAGUAGUGGCAGUCGUAUCUCGCGAGAGAACUAAACAAGCAGCUCUAUGUUUCUUCUUCUUACUGUCAGGUUGCAGCCAUGUCUUGAAAGCUUCAUACCGCUACCUACCAUACUGUAGACUUUAGUGCGGGCCAUAGGACGAGAAAGUGGCGCGUGUUCAAAUCUAUGAGCUCUUUGAUGUUUCUCUCGCGAGAUCUGACAACGCCGCGUUGGAAGAAAACGGGAAGAUGAUACAGCAAAAUGGCGUUUGAUAAACACCUUAUUAUAUUCAUUAUAAUUUUAUGUUCCUAAUCUGUGCGUACUUGUACUCUUAUGUGUCGUGUAUAAUAGAGUAAACAGCGUAAGUAAUUGUUUACAUGCGGAUACAUUAGUCCGAGCGCACUUUUGACGCUUCUCGUGCUAGCUUAGCGUGCUAGUUAGCUUAGCUUGUUAGCUGCUAACAAAGAGACGCAGAAGUGAUCAACACGUCGCUAAGCAGAGAUCAAGUUUAAGUGUCAAGUGUUGGGAUUGUGUGAAAAUGUGCGAAAAAACGACAGCAGAGUACGAGGAGGAACUUUCUCCAAUAAAAGAGGAGAAGGAGCGACAACAUCAACUACUGGACGCAGUUUUCAAGGAACAUCAAGUUGUGUCACACAGAACAGAUGUCUGUAAAGAACAUCUUCUCCCUGAGCAGCAGGAGUGGACCUGCCGAAUGGAGCAGGGAAAACCACAACCCCGCCACUUUAAAGAGGAAGAGGAGCCACCGCCUCCUCACAUUAAAGAGGAAGAGAAGUCACGUCCUCCUCAUAUUAAGGAAGAAGUGGUGGAGAAACAGACCCCUCACAUUAAAGAGGAAGAGGAGCCAAAGCCUCCUCACAUUAAAGAGGAAGAGAAGUCACACAUUCCUCAUAUUAAGGAAGAAGUGGAGGAGAAACAGACCCCUCACAUUAAAGAGGAAGAGGAGGAAUACCGCAUCAGUCAAGAAGGAGAGCAUAAAAGAGUGGAAGAGGUUGAUGUCACCAAAAUGCCAUUCACUGUUGUCAUUGUGAAGAGUGAAGAUGAGGUCAAAAGUGAAAGUAAGGAGAAGAGUGAGGUGGAGCCUUCAAGCAGCAGCUCAAUUCAACACAUGAAAACAGAAGCUGAUGAAGACCACUGUGGAGGAUCACCAGCAGACAAGCUCUUAGCUCCACUGUCAGAUAGUGAGGACAUAACGUCACACUCUUCUGACACUGAUGAUGACAUGUCAUGUCACGCUGACAUCACACACUAUAAAUGCUCUCACUGUGGCAAAACUUUCAAAUAUCAUUGUCAUUUAAAAACACACAUGAGAACGCACACCGGUGAAAAACCAUUCACGUGCUCAUUUUGUAGUAAAAGAUUCUCCCGGAAAGAACAACUGAAAGUGCACAUAAGAACACACACUGGUGAAAAACCUUAUGCCUGUUCAAGUUGCAACAAAAGCUUCGGAGAAAAGGCAACACUUGUACUCCACAUGAGAACGCACACCGGCGAAAAACCGUACAUGUGCUCAAUUUGUGGUAAAAGAUUCUCCCAAAAGCAUCAUUUGAAAGCACACGCAAGAAAAAGCGCUGCUGAAAAAACGUGUUCAUCUUCAACCCACGGUGAAGAUUUUACACGAAAUACCGAUUUCAAACAGGAUAUGACUCCUCACACUGAAGACAAACCAUUCAAGUGCUCAAUUUGUGAGAAAAGAUUCUCCCGAAAGGAACAUUUGAAAAUUCACAUAAGAACACACACUGGUGAAAAACCGUACAUGUGCUCAAUUUGUGGUAAAAGAUUCGCUCAAAAACAUCACUUGAAAGCACACGCAAGUAAAAGCAGCGCUGAAAAAACAUGCUCAUCUAAAACCCACAGUGACGAUUACGCACAAAAGACUGAUUUGAAACCACAUAGGACUCCACAAACUGGAGACAAACCAUUCAUGUGCAUAAUUUGUAAGAAAAGAUUCCCCCGAAAACAACAAUUGGAAAUUCACCGUAGAACACACACUGGUGAAAAACCGUACAUGUGCUCAACUUGUGGUAAAAGAUUCGCUCAAAAACAUCACUUGAAAGCACACGCAAGUAAAAGCAGCGCUGAAAAAACAUGCUCAUCUUCAACCCACGGUGAAGAUCAUGCACAAAAGACUGAUUUGAAACCACGUAUGACUCCACACACUGAAGACAAACCAUUCAUGUGCAUAAUUUGUAAGAAAAGAUUCCCCCGAAAACAACAAUUGGAAAAUCACCAUAGAACACACACUGGUGAAAAACCAUAUUCCUGUUCCAACUGCAGGAAAAGCUUUGCUGAAAAAUCCAAACUCACAUUGCACAUGAGAACGCACACUGGUGAAAAACCAUAUUCCUGUUCAUGCUGCAACAAAAGCUAUGCCGACCGAUCAGCGCUUGUAAGACACAUUACUCGGCGCACCGGUGAAAAACCUGUUAUCUGCUACAUCUGCGGUAAAGGUUUUGAACGAAGUGAAUAUUUGAAAGAACACAUGAAAAUGCACGCUGAGAAAGUGUUGAGCUGCAGUGCGUGUGCUGAAAUAUUCCUUUCUAAGGACCAAUGUAACAAACACAAGUGUGCUGGUGAGAACAGCAGCAGCAAAUGAAGCUGCAGGAUUUGGAAUAAAUCAGGGGUCGGGAACCUUUUUGGCUGAGAGAGCCAUGAAAGCCAAAUAUUUAAAAAUGUAUUUCCGUGAGAGCCAUAUCAUAUUUUUUUUAUACUGAAUACAACUAAAUGCAUGCAUUUUUAAGUAAGACCAACAUUUUUAGAGUAUAAUAAGUCUCUUAUUCUUUUUCAUAGCAUUGUUAUUCUGAAGUUAACCAAUAAUAAAUAAAACGUCAUGUCUGUUGAUCAUGUUUUUGCUUGGCCAUGUGCUGUUUGUCUUUUGGACUAUUUAAGUUCCUGUUUUUUUCCCACUCCCUUGUCUGGUUUCCUUGGUGACUCAUUAUGUCCACCUGUCUCUGGUGGACAAAAUGCCCGCUCACCUGCUUCCCGAGCACUAAUCAGAGGCAGUAUUUAAGCUUGUCUUUGCCAGUCAGUCGCCCUGGCGUCAAUGUGAUCUUUUCUUGCUCUGUGCUGACUUGUUUCGUGCCUUGCCAUAGUUUCGCGCUUCAUGCCAUGCCAAGUAAGUUUUGUUUGAUUUAUGUUCAUAGUCUGUUUAUGCGUUAGCUUUGUUCCUUAGCCCAAGUUGUGCCUCCACUGUGAGCGAUUUUUGUUUGUAUCUUUUUUAAGUUUAAAUUAAGUCAUGUUUUUACCUAAAUGCCAUGUCCCGAGAAGUCUGUCUUACCAUUAAUGCGACUUCUUGAACAGGUGCGGUAGGAAACGGAUGGAUGGAUUUAAAUGCAUGAUAAUGUUUUGUAUUUUGAACGUUAUUUUUAGCACUGUGAAUUCCAGCGGAAUUAUUCAUAAUUAUCGUGUUAAACAAUGUAGGCUAAGAUUUAUCUGAGAGCCAGAUGCAGUCAUCAAAAGAGCCACAUCUGGCUCUAGAGCCAUAGGUUCCCUACCCUUGGAAUAAAUGGUCAAAACUUUGAUUUUGUAACAUCUCCACAUAUAACAUGACAUCAUUGUCGUGUGUGACACUAUCCUGUUGAAUAAGUUGCUACUAUUUGUAGACUGGAAUGUUUUAGAUGAGGGAUUUUAUUUCAGUCUACUACAUGCAUUAAUAUACAACAUUGUGUAACAUGUUUAUAAAAGAAAAAUAUGUAAUUUGAUGGAAAAUGUUGAAACUGAAACCUCAGUUUAUUUUAUAUCCAUUUUAUUUUUGACUAUUUCAUUCAUUUUAGAAAUGUAAACCGUACAAAACAUAUUACUUGUUGUGAUCCUCUUCCGGGAUCACACUUUGAUUUCGUUUUUUGAGUCCUUUUGUGUUUUCUGUUUGUUUUGGACUCGUCUGGUUCCUAGUUUUGCACUUCCUGAUUUAUCUUGUUACCAUGGUUGCUUAUUUCUUUCACCUGCUCCUUGUUUCCGGACUCUCGCCUGUUUGUUGAUUACCAUCCUUAUUUAAGCCUGCCUUUUCUGUGACUCGUUCUCGCAUCCUAGAUUUGUUCCACGCAACAAGUGACAACGCUGAUCCCCGUUUCUGGUAAACCAGUUUUUGUAUUUUACUAGCUUCCACGCUAGGCUUCGUGUUUUCUAGCUCACAUGCUAGCUCUUUGUUUUGCCUUUUCAUGCCUAGUGCAAGUUUUCUGUUUGUAGCAAGUUCUUAGUUGAAUAAAUCAUUAUUUUCUUACCUUCACGCUGUGUCCGAGCCCGAUCUGGGUCCUUGGAAGAAUGAACCACCAUCACCAUGCCCAGCAAACAUCACAUUACUUACAAUAAACAUUUCUAAGGAUAUCCAUAAUUCAGUGUUAUGCUGAUACAAAACAGUGUUUUUCAAAUCUGUUUUAAAUGUAUGGAGUUUCUGUAUAUUUUAGUGUCUAUUUUUAAAUGAUUAUAGGUGAAUUAUUUUAUAUGAUAUACGUAUUUGUUUUACAUUUGUUCAUACCUUUUUUGUGUACAUAUAAAUGUAUUGGUUCACAUCUAAAGUAUAUCAUGUUUUCUAAACAUCAUUUCAACACAUUUGUGUUCUACAAGAUCAUUUCCUUUUCAAAUGUGACUUUAUGACUCAUCGGUUGAGUCACGAUAAGCCAUUUUGUUAUCAUUGUUACUCUCUUUUGUGUAUUUAUGUUGCUUUUGUGAUGGUUUUUGUACUGUAUGUCCCCAGACAUUUAUUCAAUAUAUGCUUCAACAAAAGUUGAAUACAAUAAAUGUAGUUAACACAU